AUGAGUGGCUCUAGUGAUCGAGCUGCACCUGCAUCGUCUUCAGAAGACCUAAGCAAUCUACAAUCUCUAGCAGCACUUCGAAGGAUUGAAAGAGCUCCACCACAUAUGUGGGAUGAGGAUCAACGGGAGCUGUUGGCCAUUCUGUAUAGGUGGUACGACAAUGCCGACCAAAAUACUCUUCCUCAGGUGUUCAACAAGGUUGUCGGCCUUGACCUUCGGGUGUCAGUCAUAAGGCAUCAAUUCGAGGGCCAUGUGUUGCUGUAUGGCGGACGCGCCUUUCCUGAGUACGCCCGGGUAAUGGCUAUUCCAUUUCACGACCCAGAAGGGCGGUACAAUGCUAUUUGUGAGAUUAUAGAAGCAACUGCGGCAGACUCGGGCAUCGAUUUACAGCGCAGAGACACAGAAAUUGCGUUCAACUCUGGUGCUGCGCGGUGGGCGAAGUCCCCGAGGACCAGAAGAUUGUAUAGGUCCCUGGUUCGCCGCGCUGCGCAAAAGGAGAAAGAAAAAGGUCGAAUUUCUCGAUCGACUCAAGCUGUUGUAUUGCCAUCAGAUCAGCAAGAAAUACCGAUACCAGAGUGCCUACUCGGGAAUAUAGUAUUGUACACAGACGACCAAGAUGAGGGGAUGUGGUCUGAUGUUGAAAACCCGAGCCCCAGCACAGCUUUAGUGGAAAAAUUGCGGUCCUCUAUAGAGCCUAUCAGGCGAAAAAUUGCGCUUCGCGUCUGGGACAAGAAUAGUAGAACCAUAUUCAGUAAAGAAGACGGAUUCGUCAGCCAAGCAUUUUCCAUCUGGCGUGGUGAAUAUCCGCCUCCAUUCACUCCAGACGGUGAGGGCAGGGCUGCACUGAAGUUGUUGACCAACUUGCAUUUGUGCUUGAAGGGCGGGGCAUCCACUUUUGUUUCCUUGUCUACAAGCUUACUACAGGCUUUGGUCAAAGCAAGCACCAUGGAUGACCCAUGGAUAGCGAUCGAACGCAUGGUAUGGGCCUCGGUAUCCGCUGAAGCAAUCCUACACCACUUCUCGAUCUCCGACCUGCAAAACCUAGCAGACGCUGAUGAUGUCUGCUCCCAACUUCUCAACCUAUUCGCAUUCCAACCCCAUAGACGCACACGCCAUGUUUCUGAUUGCAUGCGCGAGCAGUGCAAUACUAUCACCACGCAUACUGUACGAGCAGUAGCUUCCAUUGCGCGGGCUUUCGGCAUGCAUCGCGAGCGUGUCAGUCUCGCUCAUAUUCAAGGUUUCAUCGCUGCUCUUAUCGACUCAUUCCAACUUCGUUACAACGAGACAGGAGAUGCUCACUCGAGUAACGUCGCACACAACUUUGCAGUGACGCUUCGGUCACGCGUUCACAAUGUUGAAGAGGUUGCCCUGUCGUUUCUGGAGGGCACCAGGCAGGGCAACGAUGUCAUUGCGUACUACUCGCGUCGUCGGUCGUAG